CCGCAAUCCUCCUCUCCCCUCCCUACACGCGCUUCCAGGCUUUGAUGGAAGACGCACACGCGCGUCUCAGGUGAAGUCGACAAGCGACUGCGGUGCGGUGCAGUCGACAUGGCCAUGACGCAGCAGCAGCCCAUCCCGUUGGCGUCGACGGUGGACCGCAUCGUCCAGGAGUUGCGCUCCAAGAAUGACGACAACCGCCAGAAGGCGGCGCACAUGGUGCGCCAAACGGUCGAGAAUGCGCACCGAGAACUGCCCCCGCAGGCCUUCCAGCAAUUCUACAAUGAUGUGAACAUGCGCAUCUCGCAGCUCAUCGUGGCCGGCAGCGACUCCAGCGACCGCAUCGGCGGCAUCUAUGCGCUUAACUCGCUCAUCGACUUCCGCGGUGACGAUGCCGGCCAGAAGACGACGCGGUUCGCCAGCUACCUCCGUAGCGUCAUGCGUGGCACAGACAAUACUUCCAUGGUCGUCGCUGCGAAGGCCCUCGGCCGGCUGGCGAAACCGGGUGGAACGCUCACGGCGGAGCUGGUGGAGGCAGAGGUCAAGGUAGCGCUGGAGUGGCUGCAGAUGGAGCGCACAGAAAGCAGGCGCUUCGCUGCUGUGCUCAUCCUGCGCGAGCUUGCAAAGAACUCGCCCACGCUCAUGUACCAGUGGAUCGCGCAGAUCUUCGAGGUCAUAUGGGUCGCCCUGCGAGACCCCAAGGUCCUUAUCAGGGAGUCGGCCGCCGAGGCCAUCAGCGCCUGCUUCGAGAUCAUCUCCCCGCGCGACCAGCAGAUGCGCCACUUGUGGUUCAGCAGAGUGUACGAGGAGAUCUUGAAGGGCUUCGGUCUGAACACCAACGAGGCGAUACACGGGUCUCUGCUCACGAUGAAGGAGCUGCUAGACAAGAGCGCCAUGUUCAUGAACGACCAAAAGUACAAGGAGACGGUCGAGACGGUCUUGAAAUACAGGGAGCAUCGCGAUGCGCUUGUGAGACGCGAGGUCGUGCUUAUCAUUCCUAUUCUUGCCAGCUACUCGCCCACCGAAUUUGCCGCAAAGUACCUGCAUCAGUGCAUGUUACAUCUUCAAGGGCUCAUCCGGAAGGAUCGCGAUAGGGACAAGGCUUUCAUGGCAAUAGGUCAGAUCUCCAAUGCCGUGGGGGUUGCGAUUGCGCCGUACCUUGAUGGGAUACUAGGUUUCAUCCAGGAUGGCCUCACCGCAAAAGCACGCAACAAGGCCAUCAACGAAGCCCCGAUCUUUCAAUGUCUUAGUAUGAUUGCUGCCGCUGUGGGGCAGGCUCUUAGCAAGAAUGUCGAACGGCUCCUGGACCCCAUCUUUUCGUGCGGGCUGAGCGAUUCUCUCUUCCAGGCUUUGGUUGACAUGGCACACUAUGUACCGCCUUGUCGACCAAUUAUUCAGGAGAAGCUUUUGGAUCUCCUCAGUCAGAUUCUGGCGGGGCGACACUACUUGCCGCUGGGUAGUCCCCACCAAGAGCGUCAGCCCCCCCUUAUUUGGACUCGCGAUCACAAGGACCCGACCAUCAUCGCCUCGCGGGAACAAGAGAUUGCACUUGCUCUCCACACGCUUGGCAGCUUCGACUUUACCGGCCACGUUUUGAACGAGUUCGUGCGCGAUGUCGCGAUCCGAUACGUCGAAGCGGAUAACCCCGAGAUCCGCAAACGCGCAGCAUUGACAUGUUGCCAGCUGUUCGUGAAAGACCCCAUCGUCCACCAGACAAGCGUCCAAGCUACCAAGGUCGUCGGCGACAUCAUUGAGAAGCUUCUUUCAGUCGGCGUAGGUGACAUCGACCCCGAGAUCCGCUGGGAGGUACUGAUGGCGCUUGACGCUCGCUUUGACCGCCACCUUGGAAAGGCGGAUAACAUCCGCACUUUGUUUCUGGCUCUCAAUGACGAGGUCUUCGCUAUCCGCGAAGCUGCAAUGUCUAUUAUUGGACGUCUUACGGUGGUGAACCCUGCCUAUGUCUUCCCGUCGUUACGCAAAGUCCUGCUACAGCUCUUGACCGAAGUCAACUACUCAAAUAGUCCCCGAAGCAAGGAAGAGAGUGCUCGUUUGAUCAGUAACCUCGUCGGAGCGGCGGAUCACCUGAUUAAGCCGCUGGUGGACCCCAUCGUCGCUGUGCUACUCCCAAAAGCGAAGGAUCCGAACCCGGAAGUUGCCUCGACGACACUCAAAGCCAUCGGCGACCUGGCUACAGUUGGCGGCGAAAGCAUGACCAAGUACAUCCCCGACCUCAUGCCCAUAAUCCUGGACUUCAUGCAAGAUCUGGCAUCAGACUCCAAACGCUUUGCCGCUCUACGUGCUCUCGGACAGCUGGCAACACACGUCGGCUACGUGAUGGAGCCGUACCGCGAUUACCCCGAACUCAUGAACAUUCUCAUGAACAUUGUCAAAAGCGAGCCUGAAGGUGAACUGCGUCGUGAGACAGUCAAGCUAAUGGGCACGAUCGGUGCCCUCGACCCAGACGAGUACCAGAAAAUCAUGGAGCAGUCCCCCGACAAGCAUCUUAUUCUCGAGGCACAAGCCGUUACUGAUGUCUCGCUUAUCAUGCAGGGUAUCACGCCCUCGAAUGAGGAAUACUAUCCAACUAUCGUGAUCAACACCCUUAUGGGAUUGUUGAAGGACACAUCCUUAUCGCAAUUCCAUUCCUCGGUUGUAGACGCUGUCAUGAACAUCUACGCUACGAUGGGUUUGAAAUGCGUGCCUUUCCUUAAUAUGGUGGUUCCUGGCUUCUUGCAGGUCAUCCGCGCUGCGCCCACCGGUAGAACCGAGGGUUACUUCAAUCAGCUCAGUCAGCUCGUCCGCAUUGUCCGCCAGCAUAUUCGCCCUUACCUACCGUCCAUUCUCGCCACAAUCCAGGACUUCUGGGGUAGCAGUACACAGCUCCAGGCAACGAUUCUCUCGCUCAUAGAAUCUAUCGCGAAGUCGCUAGAAGGAGAGUUCAAGGUUUACCUAGCGGAUGUUCUGCCCUUGAUGCUGGGCGUCAUGGAGGCGGAUCAGACGCCGCAGCGUGUCCCCUCGACGAGAGUCCUACAUGCGUUCCUUAUCUUUGGCUCCAGUGCGGAAGAGUAUAUGCAUCUCAUUGUACCAGUCAUGGUCAACAUGUUCGACAAACCAGGUCAGCCUGUGUUUCUUCGUAAGCUGGCAAUGGAGACAUUGGGCCGCCUCUCAAAGCAAGUCAACAUCUCGGAAUUUUCGGCACGCAUAGUCCAGCCUAUCUGCCGUGUGCUUGCAGGCAGCGAUUCUACUCUGAAGCAGGCUGCGCUUGAGACGCUCUGUGCUCUCAUCUUCCAACUCGGACCGGACUACAUCCACUUCGUACCCACGGUCAACAAGAUUCUCAUUACUCACAAAGUGCCGCAUGAGAAUUACGGACGCAUCGUCGCAAAGCUUCAGCGGGGCGAGCCAUUACCGCAGGAUCUCAGUCCAGACGAGCGAUAUGGCGAGGACGACGAGGAUAUCAACCCUGCGGAGAUCCAGACCAAGAAGCUCGCUGUUAACCAGCAACAUCUGAAGCAGGCUUGGGAAGCUUCAUCAAAGACCACACGGGAGGAUUGGGUCGAAUGGAUGCGGCGAUUCAGCGUUGAGCUGCUUCGAGAGUCACCGCAGCAGGCUUUGCGGGCUUGCACGCCGUUAGCGAGUGUCUACAAUCCGAUCGCCAGGACCCUAUUCAACUCAGCAUUCGUCUCAUGCUGGACCGAGCUGUAUGACCAAUACCAGGAAGAGCUUGUGCGGUCCAUUGAGACGGCUCUCACGUCGCCUAAUAUUCCACCUGAGAUCCUUCAGAUACUGCUCAACCUCGCCGAGUUUAUGGAGCAUGACGACAAAGCCCUUCCUAUCGAUGUUAGGAUCCUCGGUAUGUAUGCGGGCAAGUGUCACGCUUUUGCCAAAGCGCUCCAUUACAAGGAGCUCGAGUUCAACGCGGAGCAGAAUUCAAGUGCUGUAGAGGCUCUUAUUAGUAUUAACAACCAGUUACAGCAGACUGAUGCAGCGUUUGGCAUAUUGCGUAAAGCGCAGGGAUACAGCGAUGUCGAGCUCAAGGAGACGUGGUUUGAGAAGCUGCAGAAAUGGGAGGAGGCGCUGACGUCCUAUCAACGUCGUGAGCGGGAUGAACCAGACUCAUUUGAAAUUACGAUGGGUAAGAUGAGGUGUCUGCAUGCGCUGGGAGAGUGGGACCUACUUUCCAGCUUGUCCAAGGAGAAGUGGGCCAAUGCGUCGCAAGAGUACCGCAAAGCGAUAGCACCGCUUGCUGCCGCUGCUGCGUGGGGUCUGGGCAAGUUUGCCGACAUGGACUCUUACCUUACCGUCAUGAAGGAGCAGUCGCCCGACCGAGCUUUCUUCGCGUCCAUCGUCAACAUUCACAACAACCGCUUUGAAAUCGCCACGGAGGAGAUUGCUAAGGCACGGCGAGGUCUCGAUACGGAGCUAAGCUCGCUACUAGGUGAAUCGUACCAGCGCGCGUACCUCCCCAUGAUCCGCGUCCAGAUGUUGGCCGAGCUGGAAGAAAUCAUGAUGUACAAGCAGAACGACGGGAACCUCGAGAAGCAAGCUAGCAUGCGCAGGACCUGGAUGAAGCGUCUCAAGGGGCUACAGCCAAACCCCGAAGUCUGGCAACGCAUGAUGAAGGUCCGCCAACUCGUCAUCACUCCUCAGCAGAGUCUUGAUAUGUGGAUCAAGUACACCAAUCUCUGCCGUAAGAACGAGCGCAUGGGACUCGCAGAGAAGGGUCUGCAAAAGCUGCUUGACAUCGACAAUGGUGAUGUUUUCGCAUGUGUACGCGAAAACGUCAGCAAGAUUCCAUACCCUGUGUCAUACGCGGCUUUCAAGCUCAUGUGGGGUACGCCUGGCCAUAGAGAGGAGGCACUGGAAAUGCUCAAAGACUUCACCGCUCGAUUGGCGGACGAUGUAGCAAUAAAGGCUCGAGCCGCGCAGAACGGAAUGAUGCCACCGAACGGAAUGCACGGCAUGACUAACGGUCAUGCUGUGAGCCCAAUGAACCCCUUCGCGGCUGCCAAUGGCGUCAAUGGCGUCAAUGGUAUGAAUGGAUCCAGCAUGCUGAACGGCUCAAAUGUGUUCAGCUCGCCUGCGGAGUUGGUAGAUUGCCAGAGGCUGCUUGCUAAGUGCUAUCACAAAGUCGGAGAGUGGCAGUCACAUAUCCAAAACGGCGAAUGGGAACACGACCAGGUCCACGAGAUCCUAUCCGCCUACUCUGCGGCAACGCGAUACAACAAAGACUGGUACAAGGCGUGGCACUCAUGGGCGCUAGCUAACUUCGAAGUUGUCAACUCACUCACUUCGCAGGCCGACCGCGAGUCCACCGAAUUACCGCCAAACGUCGUGCACGAGCACAUUAUCCCUGCCAUCAUGGGUUUCUUCAAGUCUAUCGCUUUGUCAUCAUCUAGCUCGCUUCAGGAUACCCUUCGUCUUCUUACACUCUGGUUCAGCCAUGGUGGCAUUUCUGACGUCAACCGGACAGUGUCGGACGGCACCAAGCAAGUGCCCAUCGACACAUGGCUCGAGGUCAUUCCUCAACUUCUUGCUCGCAUUAAUCAGCCGAAUCCAACAAUCCGACAAUCUAUCCACCAACUGCUUAGUGAAGUGGGCAAAGCGCAUCCACAAGCAUUGGUGUUCCCUCUGACCGUCUCGAUGAAAUCCGAUCAGAAUAGACGACAACGCUCUGCCAAGGAGCUCAUGGAGGCUAUGCGCGAGCACUCACCUCGCCUGGUCGAACAGGCAGACCUUGUCAGUACAGAACUUGUUCGCAUUGCUGUGCUCUGGCAUGAGCAGUGGCACGAGGGUCUCGAGGAGGCUUCACGUCUGUACUUUGGUGACCACAACAUCGAGGGCAUGUUUGCGACGCUUGCACCGCUGCAUGCCAUGAUCGACCGCGGCCCAGAGACGCUCCGUGAAAUCUCGUUCAUCCAAUCGUUCGGUCGAGAGCUGCAAGAGGCGCGCGACUGGUGUAACACAUUCCGCACAUCUGGAGAGAUGGGCGACCUCAACCAGGCAUGGGAUCUCUACUACCAGGUCUUCCGCAAGAUCUCACGGCAACUGCCAUCUCUCAUGACGUUGGAGCUUCAGUACGUCUCGCCGAAGCUCAAGGAGGCACACGAUCUCGAGCUAGCCGUGCCGGGUACCUACCAAGUCGGGAAGCCGGUCAUCCGCAUCGGCUCAUUCAGCCCGGUGGCUUCAGUCAUCCAGUCCAAGCAGAGGCCCAGGAAGCUGGAGAUGCAGGGCAGUGACGGAAAGCCGCAUACGCAUAUCCUCAAGGGCCACGAAGAUAUUCGCCAGGACGAGCGUGUGAUGCAGCUGUUCGGCCUCUGCAAUACAUUGCUGACGAAUGACACGGAGAGCCGUAAGAGGCAUCUCAACAUCCAAGGCUACGCUGUCGUACCACUUUCGACACAGUCUGGUCUUAUCGGCUUCGUGCCCAACUCGGAUACCCUGCACGUGCUCAUCCGCGAGUACCGCGACUCCCGCAAGAUCCUGCUCAACAUCGAGCACCGCAUCAUGCUGCAGAUGGCGCCGGACUACGACUGCCUUACGCUCAUGCAGAAGGUCGAGGUCUUUGGGUACGCGCUGGAUAACACGACAGGCCAGGACCUCUACCGCGUGCUCUGGCUCAAAUCCAAGAGCUCCGAGGCGUGGCUCGACCGCCGCACAAACUACACGCGCUCGCUGGCUGUCAUGUCCAUGGUCGGAUACAUUCUCGGUCUGGGCGAUCGCCACCCAAGUAAUCUUAUGCUCGAUCGCGUCACGGGCAAGAUUGUGCACAUUGAUUUUGGCGACUGUUUCGAGGUCGCGAUGCACCGCGAGAAGUACCCCGAGCGCGUGCCGUUCAGGCUCACGCGUAUGCUCACGUAUGCCAUGGAGGUUAGCAACAUCGAGGGCAGCUACAGGACGACGUGCGAGCAUGUGAUGCGGGUGCUGCGGACGAACAAGGAGAGCGUCAUGGCGGUGCUCGAGGCGUUCAUCCACGACCCCCUCCUCACCUGGCGCCUCGGCGCCCGUGACUCCCCUCCCGAACCCAACUUCCCCUCCGAGCGCCGCGCCUCCAUUAUCGGCCUCCCCGACCCCUCCGCCACGCCCUCCGCAUCUACCGACCCCUUCACCAACCCCGCCGCCUCCCUCACCACGCGCGCUCGCCACCGUAGCUCCGUCGCUCCUGCGCCUGUCAACGAAGCCGAGGCGAAGGAAGUCCAGAAUGCGCGCGCCCUGCAGGUGUUGUCGAGGGUCAAGGAGAAGUUGACGGGACGGGACUUUGGAAAUAGUGUGGGACGGGGCGAUGAGCUGAAUGUGCCGACGCAGGUAGAUCGGCUGAUUAAGGAGGCGACGAAUUUGGAGAACUUGUGUCAGCAUUAUAUUGGGUGGUGUAGUUUCUGGUAGGGUACGCCAAAGAGGUUACGGGUGUUUUGGUGUUGGGUUCCGGUCUUGUGUGCGGUCGAGGGGUCGGGUUGCUUUUCGAGAAGCGAUGGUAUGGCAUUUGAUGGUGUUUCUUCGGGUUCUUGGGUGUCGAUCAUACAUGAAUGGCUGGUUUUGGCAGACGUCGUUUCAACGAGCUUGAAUUGCAUUUGUACAGUAGCUGAGUUGCGCCCAUAUGGGCAAUUACUUUUCACCGUUCC